AUGAGCCGGGAUGACUACACUCCACGGGGCCUAUCCGACCUGGAGUCCCAUCUUGAUAUUGCCGGCCAACGUCAGCGACCUCACUUUGAUGUUGGCACUGGGUCGGAGCCAAUUGCACCAUCACCAAACCAGCAAGGCCGACAUGUCACUCUCAAUGCCGCUCUCGAGGUUGAUAUGCUGCGGCACAAACUCCGCACCCUCGAGAAUCUUGUCGAACGUUACGGCAUUGCGUCACAUGUUCCCUCUCUUUCUGAAGCUGAAGAAGCCCGAGCUCUUCAGUAUCGUUGCGAAUGCCUCGAGUUCGCGUUUAGGCAACAGAAUAUGGACGUUGUCCGCACUCUAAAAAGCUCACCUACAUUCCCGCCACCACAGGGAUAUUCAUCAUGGCUCGAUCAUCAUCUCACGCAUCAUGACCGAGCAACUCACUCUUUACCCUUACCAGAUUCUACGUCAUUGUCUAGCCCUACGAGGGCCUCUUUCAAGUGUGUGUAUGAACAAUGCGCUCACUAUAUUUAUGGGUUCUCGACCCAGUUGGAACGAGACAACCACAUUCGGUUACACUCGACGAAAAGUUCGAGUGAUUCGGAACUAUUUAUUCAAGCCGAUGACUCCUCAAACACUUCCGAACUCCCAGGAAAAGGCGCCGGCCCUGUACCUCGGGAUCGCUUACCACCUAUUCACCCGCCGGCCACACUUGUAACGGCUGGCCUGCCCCCUCUCCCCUUUCCGACACCAUCAACCGCCUCUACAGCGACAACAAGAAGGGACCACGGCUCAAGCUUUUCUUUUUCGGAGCCCAAACCUGUCCUGCCGAGAGGCAACGAGGAAACGACAGCCGACCCCCAGUUGCCUCCCUUAAAAAGAGCUCGUGUGGGACAUGAUCGCCUAAAGUCUAUAGGCGAGCUCAAGCUCAUCCGUAAUAACGAUCCCUGUCUCCGAUGUCGAGCCUCGAAUAGACCAUGUGACGCAAACAACCCGUGUUCCCGCUGCUCGGGAAUGUCUUCGUCAGAGUCGGAGAUACAUUGGAGCAUCCUUGGAUGCUAUCGUGGAUCUAUCACUUCCCUUGUCGAUGUUCUGCUACAAGGGUCGUUUGCUUGGUCACAACCCCACACGCCGUUGACGCCCUCUAAUCCCCGCCGGGGAAGCAUUAAUGAUAAAAUACUGGCACAGAACCCUACUAUUUCAGCUGUUACAAGGCCUGCUUGGAGAGUUGAUUUCCAAGAUACGUUCUGGUGGCAAGAUGGGGAGCCUGGUUUUGGUGAAGGUGUGAACCAACCACUAGUACCGGGUUACCAUGAUCAAGGGGCUCCGCCGCCUGUUCUCCAGCUCAUUGCUUCUAGUCCGAGUUUUCGAGGCGUUUCCUUCGAUCUUCUCGAGUUAUUGAGUCUCAGCGGUCAACUUUCCAUGUCGCGAGAAGAAGAACAAACAGUACAUCCCGCUCUUUUCCGUGCAAAACAACUAUUACGAGAGAUCAUCUACUAUGAUGCAUCUCAACCGAAACCUCUUCUACGAAUCGAGACCAGCUUCCCUCCCCGGACCCCUAUCGAUAGUCGGCCUUCGUCUGAACGAAAUGUGCUCUUAAGGGAAUGCACACGACGGUACCUAGUCUCCUUGGAUUUCGCAGCCUCAAACUUGCCAAGUAUGGGCGUCAGACAAUGGCUAGGAGUUUUUGUCUCUCUUUGCAUCUUUAGUGCUGUGGACACUAUUUUGAUUGACCUUGCUUGGUCCUUCCAGGCAAAUGAUCCGUCGCACGCAGGUACAACACCCACAGAAAGGCCGGACCAGGUCAUCAGAAGCGUGUACCAGGCGCUGGUGUCUUUAUUCAAUACUUCGAACGAUCCUUUGGCAAGUAGCCCUGAAUCUGAUGACCCUAUUGUCCGCAACAUCGCUCGAAUCGUCAGGCGCGAAUACUGGCCUCCUAGGCACCUUUUCUCAAGUAUCAACUUUCUCAUGAACCUUGGUGUAGGUGAAACACCCAAUUAUGGAUUCAACGGGUUUGUUAUGCCUGGUAGGCAUCCUCUGGGGUUCAGAAGCUCAAGAGCUUUGUCUUCAGCACAAGCAGAAAAUGUACCCAGACUACCCUUUUCGAAACCUCCACUGUCGAUGGGCUUGGCGGGCUCAUCUUCGCAGUAUAUACCCCCUGGAAUACGGUCAGACUUUUCACUACCAGGUCAAUUCGCGCUGCCAGGCGACAUAGCGGGACGUGCUCGCAGACACACAAUAAGUGAUGACAUGUCACCCCAUCCAGAAUCAAGACGACCUUCAGGGGGCGAGCCAAUUUCGCCGUCGCGGCUGAAGCCAUCCUCUCGCCGAACAUCACUACGACGUGUAUAUUGUGACAAGUGCAACGAGCACCCGGACGGGUUUCGGGGCGAUCAUGAGCUGCGGCGCCAUAUAGAUGCCAAGCAUUCAGCGACCGUGAAACGAUGGGUUUGUAAAGAGCCCAAAACUCUUCUACCUUCUUCGCCGCAGCCCGUCAUACCGUUGUCGAGGUGCAAAGCAUGUCUGGCACAGAAGCGCUAUGGUGCAUACUACAACGCUGCCGCACAUCUCCGUCGAGCGCAUUUCCGGCCCCAUCGGGUAGGCAAGGCCAGUGGCGAUUGGCCAUCCAUGAGUGUUUUGAAAGAUUGGAUGCGGGAAGUACGACAAUCAAUCGAUGUGCCGGACGAGCACAUUUCCAGUGGCGAAGACGACAUGGACGAUUUUCCUACACCAACAAGCUACAGAGACUCGAUGUCUCACCAAGCUCCCAUGAUUCCUGAAGCCCAACCGCCGACCGCAGCACUGGGGCCACUUCUUUCCUCGGGUUCUACUGAACAGUCAAUACCGAUUGAACGAGCCAGUCCAUCUCGACGGCCCGCCGAAAACCGAACGAGGUGUCCCCAUCCGGAUUGUGGUCGAGAAUUCCGCGACUUGGCCUCGCACAUGCUCACACACCAAGAAGAGAGGCCCGAAAAGUGCCCGAUUGUGACGUGCGAAUACCAUACAAAAGGAUUUGCACGCAAGUACGACAAGAACCGCCACGCCCUUACUCAUUACCGUGGGUCGAUGGUAUGCCCAUUCUGCCCUGGAGUCGGAAGUCCUUUCGAGAAGGUGUUUACGCGUGCGGAUGUCUUUAAGCGACACUUGACUGCUGCCCACCAGGUUGAUCAGACAGGCCAUAGUAGUGGCCACAGAUUGCCUGGGGGCGAGGACCCGGUAGGCACAAAAGCAAGGUGCUCCAUAUGCAAGAACGGGUUCAGUACUGCUCAGGACUUCUACGAGCAUCUCGACGACUGUGUACUGGGUGUCAUUGUACCUUCUGCAAGUACGUCAAGUCAACACUCUCGCCUGCAAGGGUCACCACAAUGA